AUGUCUUUAACACAAAACAAUCCACAUGAAGGAGGGUUUUAUAAAGCACCGGAUCAACCUGGUCAAGAACAAAUAGACGUGACAGAUUUUUUGGGAAGAGUUAACUUAGGUUCACAACAGAUAAAGGAGCUUACUGGUCUUGGUGCAAUUGAUUAUAUAAAACUUGACGAACAAGGAGUUACACCUGGUGCAAUUCCAAGUCGAGGAGUGAUGGACGAUUUGUGUUAUGGAACUGGAACGACAUAUUUAACUGGGUUAUCGUUUGGUGGAAUGUGGGGUUUAAUGGAAGGUUUACGUGGACAUACACCAAAUUUUAAAUUAAGAUUGAAUACAGUACUUAAUUCUGUAACAAGGCGUGGACCAUUUAUUGGAAAUUCGUGUGGAGUAUUAGCUUUGGGUUAUAAUGGAAUUAAUGGUAUAAUUGGAACUAUGAGAGGUAGACAAGAUGCUAUAAAUAAUAUUGCAUCAGGUGCUUUAAUAGGUGCAAUCUUUAAAUCCACAGCAAAAGUAAUUCAAAGUGAUUAA